AUGGACGCUCAUUCUAAAAUAACACGUAAACGACUCUUCCCGUUCGAACGAGAUCUGGAUCGCCUUCCCACGGACAGAGCAAAACGACGCUAUGUGUCUGAAUACUUGUCCUCAGAGCUGACCGCCUUGUCAUUAGGAGAAGACGGAGACGACGUUAUGGAAAUAGAUGGUUUAAAUAAAAAGGACGAUUUAUUGUCGAAUAAAGGUAGUUCGUCAAAGAAAAAACAUGUCGUGUUGGUCACAGAUUUCAACGAUGGAAGCGAAUCAGAUAACGACAAGUCCGACGGUGAGAAAGAGAAAGAGCCGGGUACAAUAGAGAUAUCGAGUGAACUGAAGGAACUGACAAAAAUGUAUGGAAACCCGGAAAAAGCACUGGUCAAGUAUCAGCGUCCUCCAUGGCUACCACCUGAUCCACCGACAAAGGAAGACACUACAAACCUUCAAUCCGACGAUGCUACCAGUUUAACGUUGACCCAUCAAAAAUCGGUAAUCGAAUUCAAUCAAAGUUUUCGGAUAGACGAUGUUUCAUUAGAUCUGGACGGAACACGCAUGGAAAUGGACAACGAACACUCGGAGAGUAAGCGGACAUCUUAUGAGGGAUAUCUCGGUGACGAUGAUGAUGACUACGACGCUGCUGAGGAUAUGGUUGAAUGA